AUUACUUUCAAUUCGACUUCCCCUGCUUCUUACUUUUCGUUUACUGUCUCGCUGUUUGUUUGUGUUCCUUCAAGUGAAACCGCCAAAGGUAAGUCACCCCAUAUAACUGAUUUUUAAAAGUUAAUAGUGCGUGUUGUUUCUAUUGUCCAUCAAAAUUUUUACCUUUUUACUUGCUCAAAAUACACAGCUAAACUGUUAUUCCGGGAAUUGUCAGCAAAAAACUAUUUUCUGCGUUGGUUAAGCAGUAAUGUUGUUCUGUGACAUGCACAAGGUUUUUUAGUUAACUUGUCUCAGGUUGUCGAAACCAGGGCGAUGAUUUGGCGUAGCUAUGUACCAAAGAAGGGUUACAGUCAAGAUAUCUAAGUCUUUUUAAAAACAAAACGACGUGUGAUGAAUAUUAGUUGUCCCUGCCCAGACCAUUGCUGACGAAAAUUUUUAAACCUCAAAUACUGUAGCUAGAACUCCCAUAGAAUAAAGCAGCACUUCUCCACUUCAUACAUUAUACACCACCGUAGCGUUAGCAGACCACGGGACUCAUGAGUCAACUGACAUAGCCUUUUUCUGUUGUGUUGUAUUCAGUUGACUCAAUUCGAUGCUACCUUGACCCGUCCAUAAGUAAUUUGUGUUAAGCAUGCAGAUGUCAGUCCCAAAUUUUUCACGUCAUGCACGGACCUGCUGGUGAUCUCCUACUGUACCCUCCCGGAAAAGGGUUUACUGGAGAAGCGAAGAUUUUGAAUGUUAAUAUAAUAAUGAAAAUGGGUUUUGCCGACUGUGUUCUCGUACAAUCCUUUUUCUUGAACGCGGCGUACAAGAAAAAGAAGAAAAAAAAAGGCAUACGCUACUAAUAUCUCCAUUUGAGACUUGUGGUUAAGCAAUGUUCCGUAGAAAACAAUAACCAACGAUAUCUCGAAAAAUAAUCUGCUUAUAGUCGACUAGUAAAAGCAUAGCCUGUGAACAGGCUCUCUGUCUGGGGAAAAAAAUAGCAAGGAAAGGGAAGGGAAGGGGGGAGAGAGCCUGUAGACACACGUUUGAGGCCGCUAUUCCGCCCUCUUGUAAUUAUCUUGCCGAAUAUCUGUCAGCAAGAUCGUUUUCUGUCAAUCAAUUUCGCGCGUGAGUAACUCCUGGGAAAAGGGAAAACAUCCGUGUUUUGCUUCGUCUCAAAACAAAGUGGCUUUUACUUCGGGUAGAAGAGCACAGAACGCGUCAUCAGAAUGGAAUGGGCAAAAGAGAAACAUUAUCGUUAAUUUAUGACAAAUGUAUGCAACCGGGUAGUCUUAAUAGAGACAAACUUAUGCAUUGACAUGAACGCACUACAAUGUCUUGUCACGGUAGAAUCGAGUACUUUUUGUUGCUAACUUUGGAAGUGUGGAAAUGUGGAAAUGUGGAAAUGUGGAAGUAUGUCCUCAUUGUCUUAAGUUAUCUAGUAACUCUGGAAGUGUGGAAGUGUGGAAAUGUGGAAAUAUGUCUUCCUUAAUUGUCUUUGUCUAAUAACUCUGGAAGUGUGGAAGUGUGGAAAUGUGGAAAUGUGGAAAUAUGUCUUCCUUAAUUGUCUUUGUCUAAUAACUCUGGAAGUGUGGAAGUGUGGAAAUGUGGAAAUGUGGAAAUAUGUCUUCCUUGAUUGUCUUUGUCUAAUAACUCUGGAAGUGUGGAAGUGUGGAAAUGUGGAAAUGUGGAAAUAUGUCUUCCUUAAUUGUCUUUGUCUAAUAACUCUGGAAGUGUGGAAGUGUGGAAAUGUGGAAAUGUGGAAAUAUGUCUUCCUUGAUUGUCUUUGUCUAAUAACUCUGGAAGUGUGGAAGUGUGGAAAUGUGGAAAUGUGGAAAUGUGGAAAUAUGUCUUCCUUGUCUUAAUUUAUCUUAACUCUGGAGGUGUGGAAGUGUGGAAAUGUGGAAAUGUGGAAAUAGUUUAAGUUUGAGCCUAUAAACCAAAAAAAUAAGCUUAAAACUUUACUUUGGUAUGAUUUUUAAACCAGAUUUAGGCCGCAACUUUUGAGAUAUUUUCCCUCAAAUCUUCCUUACUUUCAGGGUUUGGAUUAAGCCUGCAAAGUAGGUAUUCUUUGAACCACUGUAACUUAAACACGUUUUGAUCAAAGAUAUUUUUAUUUAGCCUGUGAACUAUCGAGGGUUUACUAAAAAAACUGAAUCGAACAGACUUUUUGUGCGGGCAUUCGUUUGUUUGCAACGCGCUUUUCAAAAUCCAUCAAUUUUAGUCUUUGAAACACUCUCUGAGAAGCCGAGACGGACUCAAUUUGUUUUUGGCUUGUAGCAGAGCUAAGAAUAAGAAUUUGAAAACAAAAAUAGCGAUUUCAGUAUAUACCUACUAAAGCCUCUUCACCGAAAAAAAAUAAAGGAAAAGUAUUUUUUGUCGCGAAAUCGAGUGGACCGCUUUUAGGGAGACUGCCUCUUAAAAGGGUUUGUAUGCAGUUUUCAGAGCACAACUGGGCUAAUAUCUCAGAGACAAUUUGCCCCCAAAUGCUAGCUGUUGGCAAGUAGGCCUCUUGGGUGUUGUCCGUUUCAGAAUAUCCUGACAAAUCACAUAAUUUCAUGCGAGUCUGUCCUAAACAGGGUCAGAAGCCCAUAACCUUCUGAGAGGGUAUAUAAUUUCGCGCGAGUCACAAACCGGGAAAAUAAUUCCGUGCGAGUCUGUCCUAAACAGGGUCCUAGUUAUAAACAGGAUGAAAUUUGUUUGUACUCCAAGUAUGUAAAGGCAAUGACUAUAACGUGAAUUUGCUCUGCAAUUGCCAAUAAAUGGCUUAAAAACAAGACGGCCUGCGUUUUUUCCUUUAAACAGGGUAACAAAAUUGAGGUGUUGUCCUGAAACACAGGAUAUAUAUUUUACGAUUUUUUUUGUCAGGGUUUCAAACCCUAAGCGGCUCACUUAUGCUUAGUAGUCGUCGAGUACCCCCACCCCCCGGUAAUAUUAGUGGGUCUUAAGGCUGGCAGCCUUGAGCCUGAGUGAACUCAGCUUAAGCUUUAUUUGAGUUUAGUUUGUUUUUAAUUAAAAUUGCUACUUGCAUCAACAUUCCAAAGGCAUAAAACGACAUAAAAGCUAUGCAAUAUACACACUUUACCUCUUGCCACCCUCCGGGGGUAAGAAGAGGCUUCAUUAAAGGCGAAGCAAUAAGAUUGCUUAGAACAAAGUCUUGAUCAAAAACAUUAAAAGAGUGCUUUGCGAACUUUUAACAACGCCUCGAAGCACGCGGGUAUCCUAAACAAGAUAUAGAAAGGUCGUUAUCAGAGGUCAACCUUAACUUAUCAUAAGAAAAUCGGCUCUAAAACAAAAGCAAAAAAGUAUAGACAGACUUCUUCCUUUCGUUACAACAUAUCACCUAGCGGUACACGAUCUUAAAAAGCAAGACAUUGAUGGCAAGUUGGUGCCUUAUAGAAAAUCAGCCUCUGCUGAAAACAAAUUUUAAAUGACCUCUGAUCAUAUCCUACAAAAGAGGUAAAUCUCUGAAAGACAAGCUUGUAAGAACAAAAAUGUAACUUGAAGGCAGUUGCGGGAUGAUGCGACGCAACCACAAAAAUCACUUUAGGACUCUGUGCAGACGUCCUCUGUCUUCCUUUACUUCCUUUCAAUGCUCUUGUUAUUAAUGGUUUAAUUUCGUGGAAAUGUUGAACCGAAGAAGAUAGUAAACAAAUGACAAACACCGAAAUAUAAGGAUAAAAAACAUCAGCUGAGAUCACAACUGAACGCAAACAACGACUCAGUAACCACCUUAUUCUUUCUAAUUUUCGCGAGUAUUAAAUUUCGCGAUUUUUCCGAUUUUAAAAAAUUCACGAAAUUUAAUACGCGCAAACAAAAGAUUGCGCGAAAUUUAAACACGCCAAGUUUAAUACCAUUUUUGAAAACAAAGCAAUAAGAAUUUAAUGCAGUUUCGUCGUCUUUCUGGUCGACUACUGUUUUUGUACUGUGCAUUUUUUGAACAUCUCAGGUUGCGUUUUACUGUAAGCACUGAACUGUAUGAUAUACCUUACAUGGACAGCAUACACAGUAAGUUUGUUCUAUGUAGGGCAGUUGUAAGUUAACAACCUUGCUUUGACAUAUAUAUGUUUUAUUAGUAUGUGCGAAGUAUCCUCUACUCGGGAUUUACGAAAACAAAACAAAGACACAAUCGCGAAAUUUAGAACGCUUUUCCUCUAAUUUUGUUUGCAAUCGCGAAUGAUCAGUACCCGUGAAAUCCGGCUACCGAAUAUUCGCGAAAUUAAGUACGCGCGAAAAUUAGUAAGAAUGAGGUAUUUAUUUCCCUAAUGUUAUUUUAGAUAAAUAGUAAACGUUGAGUAUGUCUUAUGUCGGACAUAAGACAUACUCAACGUUUACUAUUUAUCUAAAAUAACAUUAGGGAAAUAAAUACCUCAUUCUUACUAAUUUUCGCGCGUACUUAAUUUCGCGAAUAUUCGGUAGCCGGAUUUCACGAGUACUGAUCAUUCGCGAUUGCAAACAAAAUUAGAGGAAAAGCGUUCUAAAUUUCGCGAUUGUGUCGACAUAUGACUCUCGACCUCUCGACCUCUCGACUCCCUACAAUUACGUACUCCAACUCGGUUUUAGUGAUAUCCGGAAUAAUCAAGGUCGAGAUAAGUGUUAUCAGCCGAGCCCAGAGCCGAGCCGAAGGCCGAGGCUGAUAACACUUACCGAGACCAUGAUUAUUUAGGAUAUCACAAAAACCGAAUCUAAUAAUUGUUUUAUUAUAAUCUACAUUGUUUUGAAGAAUAUAACGUCAAACACACCGCCGCAAGGAACCUGAAUUGAUAUUGUUCUAUGAAUCAUGCAUUGCGCGCACAACCUACAGCUUAGUCAAUUAUCUGCUAGCAGAUAACUAACUAAUCUGUAGGCUGCCCUGAUUGCGCUGACGAGGUUGAGCAAAAUUUCGUGAUUUGUCAGUGGCAAGCAGGUCAAUUAUUUUAAUUGUCGACGGCAAGAGAUCUCGUGAAAAGUAGAUCUAGAGGAAUGGAAUGGAUUUCAGGUAUGGAUGAUGAAUGUGCUGAAAACUUGAACAACGCGUAGAACAAUGAAAUGAUUAAAACUAUAUUUUAUUAAUUACAAUUCAUGGCACCUAAAAAAAAUACAAAAAAAUAGUAAUGACAAUAAUAUUAACAAAAAAAAGAGUCAACGGAGUUGCGCAAAAUAGCCAGAGACGCCAUUCAAGGCGCAACACAGUAGAUGCUGUUUAAUGGGCAGCCUGUGGCACAGCCCAGUUAUAAAAUGGGCUCAGUUUUUUCUUUCUGCCACAAAUCGAGAUACAAGAGUAUGCGUAGAAUAGGUCAGCGGACUUGAGCAGAGUACAUUCCGGGGAGCUCGAAGCGACUCAAAGCUAUUAGCAAUCUAUCUUCGGUGGAAGCAUACGAAUGCAAGCAUACGAAUGUAAACGGUGUUUAUAGUAAGCCACAGUAAAAGAUGGCAAGAGUACAUUUUGGAAUUGGUAUAGUACAUGAACUAUGCUAUGCGAGAGACCCAUUUACAAGGGAAUUCUUCCAAGUGAAUCUUUCAUCGAGAAACCUUGUGUAUUAAGUGAGCUAUCUCAGUACUGAGUUGGAAGCGCUAAUAGAAUCACCCGAAUGAACUGUUAAAACUCAAACUGCUCGGUAUGUAAACAUUACGAGACUGUAUCAGUGAAAUUCAGCAGUGUUUUUGAUCAACGCAACAGCCUGAAGAAUUCAGUACUUCAAUAGCCAGCUUUUGGGCAACAAUAUCCUUGCUUUUACAUUUAAUUUUUGUAUUGACUUCAUUGAUUUUAUCUUUCUUUGUUUUUAUCAUCAUUGAUGCAAUUAUUGUAAUCGCUUAUUCAGUGAUCAAUCUUCUAAUGUCGUCGUGUAGAUGUUUAUACAGAGGCUGUUGUUAGUUAAAUAUGUACAUGGUAUUAAAAAAAAUAAAUUGAACGGACAUGUUUACAACGAUUCCGAUCGAGGUAAUAAAGGUGAAAGAAGAUAUAAGAUCUCGCUAUGCAAAGUAUGUUUUCUUGCAAGGAAAGAUAAACAGCGUGAUCGUGAGCCUACGGUGAGCCUAGUCCUUUUGGGCCUUUUUACUGACUGAAAUGAUGCAUUCCUACCCUUUCAUAUACUACAGCUAGUGAAAUCUGUACUUUUUUAAUACCUAAAGCCUAAGAAAGGUACCCUUUUCGCGCGAAGCCUCCCAAUGAAGGCCAUUAUGUGGAGUACUCCCCGGGAUAAAAAGCGUCAUAAGUGACCUCCGGAAUGAACACUCUUAUCAAAUGCAUACGCUAGCCUGUGUUCAAAAACUAUACUUCCCCUCCAUGGUAGUUCAAAAUUUGAAUGAGUUCAUUUUCACCCGGUCGGUUUGCAGUGUAUAAAAUCAAACCUUAUAAAAAUACUACUGAUGAAAAACUAAAAAAAAACCACUUUUCUUGUCUUAAAAACUCUGUCCAUGUCGAACUAAUUUGGUUUAGUUUAGACAAUUUAACUCUGUGCGGCCGCGCUAACAACAGCUCAAUGGUACUGUACGCGAUUAAAGAAACUUUCAGAUGCGCUGAAGCCUUUCUCCUACGAACGGGACAACUUUUUUUUAUUGUUGUUUUCCUCAGAAAUAGAGACAAGCUGUCAACAAAACAAACAAAGUUCAGAUAAACUAGAGAUGCCGUGUGGCACAAAAUUUUUGCGAAAAUAAGUUUCACCCCCCCAAAAAAAAAAUAGCGCAAACAUUUCUCCCGCAAAAAUUUACUCCAGAGUAAAUUUAAUAUACUCUGACUUAAUAUUGCUGCACAAAAAUAAAGUACAAAAAAAUUGUGUCUGUUCAAUUACAACUCGCCUCUUUCAUUCAGAGACGAAACGUAUACAAUGAAUUACUGGUUUUACAUGGUACGCAUACCUUAGUACUGUUUGAAAAUAUGUAUUUCUAUUACACCCCGAUUGCAUGUACUUAACAAGAACGAAAAUAUUAUCUAUGCUGGUUGCUGGGAACUUUUUGAAAAUCGCAAAAAUUAAUUCUCAGCGAGGAAAGCCAAUGUGUCCUAUAGUCGCAAAAAUUAGUUUCAGCGAAACAGAAAAAAUCCCUAAUCCGCAAAAAUAAACUCCCGCAAAGUGCCACACGGUACACCCACCUAGCUUGUUUUGUAUCGACCAUCAAUUAUCAUUAUCGUUUCAUUACUAGUCUCAGUUCAAACAGUUUAAUGAGACCCGUGGGUUGGGGUGGUUUCCGGGAUGGGAAUGCCGGAUUAGCGCGCAGGGUUACAUCUUCCUUUUAUACCCUGUCUGCUGUCUGUUUUUAUGGUAAACUUUUCGUUUUCAAACAAUACAUUAUUUCUUUCUAGUCUAGGUUUUGUGGCAACCCAGUAUGCACCUUCAGGUGUCUCGUUACAUGAAAAUGCUAAAUUUAAAGGGGCUGUGUCACGGCAGUCCAGUUCAUUUUGUUUUAUUUUGCCAAUUACUCGCCCUCAAUUGCUAUGGAACUUAAAGUAAGCAAAGAAAUUACAUGUAAAUGACAAAAUCAGAGAUUAGAGACAAACAAAUAUGUCCCCUGAGCAUUAUUUUAAAGCUGCAAACAGCAGAGAUUAACGUUGAAAAACUGUUAGGCUGAACAUUUUUCAAAAACCCUAAUUUCAAUCCGUUUCAAUCUUCUUCAGUUUUGCCCAUCCGUGGAAGCUGUUGUAUCUGUUGUGUUAUUUUAACCUUCUUUUAAUGUUUUAAGCGGUUAUUUUUACGUUUCUUUUAGUUUGACGGGCAUUUUGCAAUAACCUAAACAGGAGCUGUGUCACGAAAUUCCGACAGUUUAGUCAUUAAAAAAUACCCGUCAAAUUAAGAAAAACAAAAAAAAACUGCUUUAAACAUUAAACAAAAAUAAAAAAAAAAAAUUCCAAGAAUAUUUAUUGACUGGAAAUUCCAUAAAAGAAAAUAGUGGCACGGACAGCUAGAUAACAGUCAGCUCAGUUCAGCUCAGUUCUUCGUCACCAUUUUAAACGCGCAGUCUGUUCGCUUUUAGUCUGAUAGCCGGAUGAAUCCUUCACAAGCAGGUAGGGACGAGAACUCUUUAUCCGCCUAUAUAAAGAAAUUUUUUUUACAAACAUGUAUGUCUCAUAGUUUAUGAUCUGACUUAUCUUAGCAAACUUUAAAGAGUUACUGCUGACUGAAUUUAUUCAUAUUAGAUUCACUUGAAGUUUACAUCCAACUUGAGUUAUGGAUAAUGUUGGGGGAAGUUGUAUUUCUCAGCUUUAUCAUUAAAAUUCUGAUUACACUUGACUUGUGAAAUAGAUAGCAGACACUACUAUAGUUCGCCGUAUUGCACUCUAAUUUCAUUUAAUACUUUCUUUUGUUUAAUCUUUUAACUAUUGAGCAUGACUAAUUGUUACGAGAUACUUCUCUACGGGUUACAUAAAAUCACUCGGUGUAGCCUGCGUAGCUAGUGUUUCCAAUCGAGUUAUUGCGCGAAAGUUAGAGCGGAAGCAAAAAAAAGGUUGAAGGGGGAGGGGGAGUGGUUAUUCUUUUUUUUUUUUUCGCUCUUGUCCCAGCUAUCUAGACGAGCCCCGCGAGGAAACGCUUGCUACGCAGGCUACACUCGGUGCGAUCAAACUGUCUCGAUUACCAACCAUAAGUUUUUUUCCUGUAAUUUCUCGUACGUGCCCAAAGUCCGUGACAACACUGAUUACCGGCCUUACUGAAGCUGGGUCUUCAAGCCACCCUUCUUUUGCUGAAGCACAAAAUGCUAAAACAAAAGCAAAAUUUAUGCCUUUCGGGAGCGACUACACAGGAAAUAGAGGUCAUUAGUAUGGCUGUGGAUAGAAAUUAAGAACGAUGAAGGAGUUAUUUUUUGGUGGCCGUCAUCAGGCUUUUGUUGUGGCUCGUCUACACAGCAGUGGAGCUGAGGACUUGUUUGUUGUUUGUAUACUGCGAAAAAACAAAUGAGCCAAACGAACCGCUCGAUGCCUGAUGAAGUGUGCAAGUGGCCCUGCAUUCUAUCAGUGAAUUUAAGCCGAAUUUCGAAUUCUCAAACAUAGAAGUAAAGCUAAGAAAGAUGGCAGAUUUUUACUUGGAAUAAAGAGUUUAACGGUAGUUCUUUCAAUUUAACUAAAACACAGUAGUAGCGAAACUCAGUUGGGAAUCACCGUGGGCUCAAAAUAACAGAAAAAAUAUUUCUGAGUAGGAGCUUAUUGAUUUAGAUAUAUUUAUUGAAAGCAUCAAGUUGUAUAUUAUCUUAAAGUGUAUUUACCGCACAACUGACUGGAAACGGUGUUUCGCUGAUUCGUGCGAAAGUUCGUGACGCCCAUAUGCAUGUUUUUGUUGAAGCCCUUAAUAUUUAGUAUUCAUAAAUCGUACCUUUCAGUAAGGCGAAACUGUGAUUAAUUCAAAGACAUGAGUUGUAGCUUGCAAGAGUAGAUUCGUCGUGGAAAAGAGUGGAGAGUGGAUUACAAGAGUGGAUUUGAGAGGACUCAAUGGAUCGAACAUUCGCGGCUGAAGGACACAAUCGCUACCGGGUACCUAUCGAGGAACAUCGAUCUGACGUCGUUAUAUUAUAAAUUUUAUGCGUUCUCGUAGUGAUAUUUGUACUUUAAUUCUACUUUAGGUUUCGAAGGCGUUGUAAUGCAUCUUUGAGAACGGUAAUGAACGUAGUGGAUUGCAACGCUUGCCGGUCUUUCUGAAACUAAACUGGGACGAAAACUUUUUUCAAUAGCUUUGCUUUAACACCUGAUUGCAGAACAAAAAAGUACCGCACAAGCUGAAAUUUGAUUGCAAGUUUUUCAGUAGGAAAGUGUUGUUAUAUGUGAUUUCCACGGUUGGUCGAAUAUUUCAAGGAUGAAACUUAAAUAAUUGAGCGUGUUGUCGCGAUACCUCACUUAUUCCCUUUACAUGACAUUUUCUCUAAUAAAACUAAAAUACUAACAGUUUCAUUUUACCACUACUAAUGAAGCGAUAGUUACCGAAACAGGAAAAAUGCAGGUAGAUAAGUUUUAGCAAUUUUUGGACAUACCGUAAAUUCUCUAUUGGCUCCCCGGGGUGCAUAUUUUUAACAAGCACUUUUGAUAAUAGAGAGUAGCCUGCGUAGCAAGCGUUUCCGUGCUGUUUCCGAGCAAGGACCGGGCGAAAAAUGGCCGUGCUGUUUCCGAGCACGGACCGCGCGAAAAAUGGCGCGAGUAAGCGGGGAGGGGUGGCUCUCGUUUCAUUUCUCGCGCGGCCAAAACAGAGAAUCUCGUUCCUCGGUCUUCUUGCUUCGAAACAGCACGGAAACGCUUGCUACGCAGGCUAAUAGAGAGAAGCUUAUAAAAGAGAGGGUGGAGGGGGGAUUAUUUGAUUUAGCGAAACGCAUCACCGGUAGCAAAAAUACCGUAGUAAGAGACAGAGUUGACCGGUUGCGUGUUGUACAAGUCACUGUCAACAGUAUUUAAUUCACUUGUGGGAGCAGUAAAACUAACAGAAACAAAAUUCUCAUUAUGGUUACACAGAGAAAUAAAGCGUUGAGUUAAAAAAGUUAAGCACAUGAAGUUGGAGAUCAUGCGGCCGACUUGAAGAAUUUAAUACAUGAAGCCACCCGUAUCACUAGAACAUCAGAAACCCUACUGGACCUUUUUCUCACUGACAACGUGAAGAAAAUACAGUCAUCGGGCGUAGUCCAUGUUAAAAUAAGUGAUCACUCUCUUGUGUUUACCAUUCUCAGAGCAUCGGAACCGAGAAUACGAUCUCGGGAAAUACGAUUUAGAAGCCUUAAGAAUUUUGAUAAACAGCAUUUUCUACAUGAUUUGCAUAAUGUUCCUUUCCAAGUAGCUGAAAUAUUUGACGACGUUGAUGAUAGGCUCUACGUGUUUGAUUGUUUAUAUGAGGACAUUCUUUGUAAGCACGCACCUUUGAAACAGGUCCGCAUAAAGGGAAAUCAAGUUCCCUUUAUGAAUGAACAAUGGCGCAGAGCUAUUCGUCAGAAGAACCGUUUGUGGAAGUGCUUCAUUCGUGAAAGAACUGAUACUAAUUAUGAAUUGUACAAGAGACAAAGGAACAUUUGCACUUCUCUAAGACGUAAAGCUAUUAAAACUUUCUUUGACAAGAAAAGUGAGUCGGAAAACCCAAGGGAGUUUUGGGACACAUACCGCCCAUUUUUGCAUUCAAAGAAAAGUACGCAAGCUAAUGACAUAAUACUAAAAGAACACGACGUCGUAAUAACAGACAAGAAACAAAUAGCGGAGCUUUUUAAUAGUUAUUUCGUGAACAUCGCGGACGGCGUGCCAGAGAUUACCGAACAGAGUUAUGGAAAAGGGUUUGAUGCACAUCCUAGCAUUCAGGCGAUUUUUAAUAACAAUGAGCAGAUCGCUGCGAGAAACAAUUUUGCUUUUCAAUAUACUAAUAAAACCCAAGUGGAAGCUUUGUUACUCAAAAUCAACUCCCGUAAAUCCUGUGGUUAUGACGGAAUACCACCGCGACUGUUAAAAGAGUCUGCCAACGCGAUUGCUGGUCCUAUAGCUGCAAUAAUGAAUCACUCGAUUAGGACAGGACAGUAUCCGUCGCGCUUGAAAUUAGGUCAAGUUACUCCUUUAUUUAAAAAGGACGAUGAACUAAACAAAAGCAAUUAUCGACCAGUGACCGUAUUACCUGCGCUCAAUAACGUUUUUGAGAGGCUACUUUCAGCUCAAAUGGGCGACUUUUACCAGAACAUAUUGUCUGAAUACCUAUCUGCCUACAGGAGGCACCAUAGCUGUGAGACAUCUUUACUUAGGCUGACUGAGGACUGGAGGCGCAGUCUAGACAAUAAAGAGAUCGUGGCGGUUAUAUCAAUGGAUUUGUCAAAGGCUUUCGACACCAUACCUCAUGCUUUGCUAUUAGCAAAACUGAAAGCGUAUGGCUUGCACGAAUCCAGCUGCGCCCUUAUCGGUGACUACUUGACGGAUAGAAGGCAGCGAGUGAAAAUUUGUGAUACUUAUUCGGAUUGGAUGAGUGUGAAGCGGGGCGUGCCUCAAGGCAGCGUCCUGGGACCCAUGUUUUUCAACAUGUAAAAUCAACAUGUAAAGUCUGUAAAAUUAAACACUUAUGCCGAUGACUGCCAACUGCACUCAUCUGAUGUAGACCCAGUGGCCUUGGAACGGUGGAUCAAUCAUGAUGUACAAAUAGCAAAUAAAUGGUUCGAAGACAAUGGGAUGAAAGCAAACCCUGCUAAACAUCAAGGGAUGGUUCUUGGCAAAACCGAUUCCCCUUUCUCCUUUUUAACCACAAGAUGGCUGGAUCUUUUUGGAAUAUCUCUAGACAAUGAACUUAAUUUCAAGGCUCACAUAUCCUCUGUAUGCAAAAAAAUAAAUAAUCAGUUCAGUGUCUUCAAAAGAUUUGGCAAACUUAUCUCAUCCGAAAUUAUGCUUCGCCUUUAUAAAGCGUUUAUCUUACCCCAUUUUCACUACUGUUCAAUGAUAUGGCACUUUUGUAAUUCAGAAGAUUCUGUCAAACUGGACACCUUAAAUAGACGUAUUUUAAGAUUUGUUUUAAAGGACUGGGACUCGAACUAUGAUGCUCUUCUAGACAAGGCUGGUGUGUGUGGUUUAGCCAACAGGAGGAUACAAAAUAUGAUGAUUUGUAUAUUCAAAUGUCUCCAUUUUGGUAAAUAUCCGUGCUAUUUAAAACAACUGAUCAAGUUAAGAUCUACUGCUUACUCCCUACGGGGUACUAAUAUUUUAUCACUUUCUAAGCCGUCUACAACCACAUAUGGUCUAAAUUCCUUUAGCUAUUCAUCUGUUAAAGUACUGGAAUUCUCUACCUGAUCACUUUAGAAAGACUGUAGAUUAUAGUGAAUUUAAGCGCAAAUUGUUAGUGCACAGUUUUAGUUAAUACUACAUUAAUUAAUAUUAUAUUAUAUAUGUUGUAACUUUUAAAAUUAGUUAGGAUCGGAGAUACUAGCUAUGUAAGCUACACUAAAAUCCGAGGAUAAAUAAAGUUUAUGUAUGUAUGUAUGUAUGUAUGCGGCCGAAGACAAAAACAAAUAUGAACUUCCAGCCUGAAUACAUGGUACCAAGAGAGAACUGAUCAGUCCACGUUAAUUGUUUGUAAAAAAUAAGGAUGGAGGGGAGGGAGAGAGGGGGGCUUAAUAGAGAUAGGGGGGCGCUCAUUAACUUUCCUUCCCUGAAAAAGGCGGGUUAGGAGGUUUUAUUAGAGGGGCUUGAUAGAGGAUUUACGUUAAGUAUGACUCUGACCAAGGUGACUAUUCCUUAGUUUGUAAUCAGUGAUUCAAUAAUGUUCCCGCCGAUAUGAUCAAUUUGUCAGUGCUAACAACCAUCGCUAUUUUUCAUGUCUGAUUUGAAGUUCUAUUACACGUUAAGGUAUUCAGAUACCAGGGGCACCCAACGACAAUUUUCGGAAGAAUAUCUGUUCGGAAGACGAUUUGAGAUCUAGAAUUUUCGGAUCAUUUGUUGUAAAAUUUCUUGUUUCCCUGCCUCUCCGAGGAUUUUCGAACAUCAAAAAAAUGGUAUAAUUGCCUAUUUUUAACGGAUUUUUACCCCAAAAAGGUCACCUAGAAUUUUCGGGAGCCUUUUUUCUGGCUGAAAUUUUCGAAAAGGUAGAUUUUGAUCUCUAUAAUUUUUGGAUCACUAGACUUUCAGCUAGGAAAUCCGAACAGAUGAAAACUUUUUAGGGGAUAAAAAUAUGCCUAUAUCUACCGUUUAAAUACUAAAAUACGCUUAACAGUGCUAUGUUUAAGUGGUUUUGAACUAUAUUCUCGUUGUGCUCCUGAGAUACUGAAGCCGAUCUUACUGUUUUAUUCAUGCCACCCUUAUUUCAAUGAAGCACAUAAAAUGACCUAAAAUGAUACGUAAACAAAUAAGCAAUUCGAAGCUUUUCGAAUCAGCGGUGAACAGCUGAGGGUGGUGUUGAAAGUAAAUAGAAAUAUUAAGGAGAAGGUCAGUACAGGAUUAUGAUUUUAAUUGCUGCAAUUGAAAUGGCAGAAAAACCGUUUAUUCAAUAGUACAUGACGUCACAAUUAUUGCCUAUACCAGAUUGCUGUACACAUGAAUUUACUUAAUAGGUGACUCCUUCACUGAAAAGAUAGCCCUCAAGUGUUUAUAUUAAACAUGUUUGUCGGACGGAUUUAAAGCGGUAUCCAAAAUCAUAGCUAGCAAGUUUAAGCAAAGUGAAGAUUUUUCCUCAAAACACACCAGAAACAGAUUUUUUAUUAAGUUUCUUUUCUAAAGCACUAGACAAUCAUUUUCUCCUCGUUUUUACUAAGUUCUCAUUUGAGAAUUUUUCUUGAAAUUUUUUCUGUUUAAGUUGUUACUGACAACUUAAUUAAUAACUUCGCAUGCAUUUCUUUAUCUACAGCCAGCGGUUGAACUGAACGGUUAAGGAGAUACUAGUGCAGACUAAAAGUUUCAUUGACGGGAGUAAUCAACAUGUCUUCACUAAUAACAGCUGUAUUUAAAGCCACUAUCGGUAUGUUGGUGAAUAAAGGAAGAGAUAAACUGGCAGAAAAGUUGAAUGAGGGUGAUGUUACAGAUCAGAAAUUCCGUGGCCUGAUCGUCCGUGAAAUCGACGAAAUAAAGUCGAAGUUAGAUGGUUUAGCAAGAACGCCUUUGAAGACAAGUAUGAGCCUUUUUAAAGAAGGAAUCGAGUUGUUGUAUGAAGUGUUUGAAAGUGCCAGACCCAGUACCGAGAAUCGCGCGAUAGAAGCCGCUGCAACAGCUUGUGUUGAGCAAUUCGAUAUUGCUAAAGAAAUGAGGAAAUUACAGCUUACUGCCUUGGAUGAGUCGGCCACGAGGAAGCUUAGCACAGCGAAGGAGACAUUUAGUGAAGCUCGAUUGGAAGCAAUGAGAGCUUUUAGUAAUGAAGCUUUGGAAUUACCUGAUCGCCUGUUAGCUAUGCAAUAUCGACUGAUGGCUACGAUACUGAGGAAUAUUGACAAUCCUACGGACGCAUUAGGGGCUUGUAGAGUCUGCCUUGACGAGUUACACCAAGUGCCAGCUGUUAAAGAAUAUUUCAAAGUUGAGUUGGAGGAAGGAUUGAGAUUGAGGGCUCGCUUUAAUAAAGACGAAAGAAGGCAAAUAAUUUUCUCUGUCUGUCACGCUAAUCGUGUGAUCUAUGAUGUAAUGAGCAUGCUCGGUAGUGUAAAAAGGUGGACUUUGCCUGAUGUUGAAACUGGGAAAGAGAAAGUGGAUCCACUCCGCAACGAAAGAGUUGUUAAAAUACUGACAAAACAAGGUAAGGAGCACUGCUGUGUUACACCAUGGUCAUUUGGUCAGGAGGGUGAAGAGGAGCACAAGCUGAAGAAUCCGUGGGGUAUCGCUACAAACCAUAGAGGACAAUUCCAGAUAGCAGACAAUGGGGAUAAAACCGUGAAGGUGUUUGAUAGCAACGGAAAGUUUCAUUUUAGGUUUAAUCCUCAAACUGAUGACGCCGAUACAAAGUUAAAUAUUUUGGAUGUCGCCACUGCAGGCGAGGACGACAGGAUUUAUCUUCUGGUCCGACUGAAGAAGCCUGGGGCUGAGGAAUGGGAGAAGGAAGUGCAGGUUUUUAACAAGACUGGUGACCUACAGCACAAGUUUCCUGUGAGGAGAGGGGACUGGGGCAGACUAACAGUGACCAGCGGCAAAAAACGGGGCAAAAUUCUGCUGUUGGCAGGUGACCUGUUGACAGGUGACGUUGUUGAUAUUCAUGAGCCGAGUGGCGAGUUCGUUUGUAGCUUUGGUGGAGGAGUGUUCAAGCAUGCAACAGAUAUCACUACUUGUGAUGGUCGCGUCAUGAUAGUGGACUGGGGCGAUGACAGUUUGUACAUAUUUGAUGUGGAGGGUCACCAGCUUGGCAAAUUUAAUAUCAAACAUGAGAGAGAUGACUAUUAUCGCAUUGCAUGUCACCCGGCAAGUGACCUUGUUGUCCUUGCUGGUUAUGAACGAGGGACAAAGCGCCUGACGCUGGCUAUAUACACUGUUAAUGGCGAAUUUGUUCGCAGAAUUCAGCUGGAUAAAGUAGUACGUUAUGUUGUACAUGGAAUAACAGUGACCGUGGAGGGUCACAUUGCUGUGGCUUUUGCAGAGAGUACUGCCACAGGAAAGGUAAUUGUUGUUUGA